UCCGUCCAUUGGCUGCGACAUUGGCUGCGCCCAAUGAGGAGCAGAGGAAGAGGGCGCCGCCUCUGCAUGCGGGGACUGGCGCGCAAUGGCGGACCGCCUCACGCAGCUGCAGGAUGCGGUGAACUCGCUUGCAGAUCAAUUUUGUAAUGCGAUUGGAGUAUUGCAGCAGUGUGCCCCACCCGCUUCCUUCACCAAUAUCCAAACGGCAAUAAACAAGGAUCAGCCUACUAAUCCUACAGAAGAAUAUGCCCAGCUGUUUGCUGCAUUGAUUGCAAGAACUGCCAAGGAUAUUGACGUAUUAAUAGAUUCCUUGCCCAGUGAAGAAUCAACAGCCACAUUACAAGCUGCCAGUUUGCAUCGCUUGGAGGAAGAGAAUCACGAGGCAGCUGCACGUCUUGAAGAGGUGGUUUAUCGUGGGGAUAUGCUCUUGGAGAAGAUACAGAAUGCUUUAGCUGACAUUGCUCAAUCACAGCUGAAGACAAGAAGUGGCAGUCAUAGUCAACCUGCUCCAGAUUAACCACCAGAGGUGUUGGGACUUGACCACAAAAUUUGAACUUCUUGAGAAGGUGGGGAGGGGAGGACUUUUUUAAAAAAAGUUGUACAUUACUGUUGAGCCUUAAUCCUGUGGAAGGACGUCUGGUGUUGUGCUUCUGGGAAAACAUCUCCCUGUUGACAAGAUAUUCAGUCUUUCGUAAGGCAUUGCACUAGCAGGAAGUAAUCACAAAUUGAGAGUUGCCAAACUUUUAAUUUUUAAUAUGUCCCUUAUGCCCAAAGCCCUGUGCUUUGUUUGUUAAUGUUUGUUAGAUCAGAAUGUCUGAUUUCAUUUGGCCGGCAACCUUGUGAAGUCAUAAUGAAUUAAAUGCCCCAGGCACGCAUGUGUAAUAAGGCAUGCAUACUGGCA